AUGGGAACAACUUAUAGCUGCGUGGGAGUAUGGCAGAAUGACAGAGUGGAAAUCAUUGUUAAUGACCAAGGAAAUAGAACUACUCCUUCUAUGGUUGCUUUCACGGCCGAAGAGAGAUUUGUCGGAGACGCUGCCAAGUUUCAAAUUUCCUCUAAUCCUCUUAACACCGUCUUCGAUGUGAAAAGACUCAUUGGUAGGCAAUUUACUGAUUCUUCUGUGCAGGCCGACAUGAAACUGUGGCCUUUCACAGUUGUUUCACAGAAAAAUGACAAGCCAAUGAUUGAAGUGAAUUACAAGGGUCAGAAGAAACUGUUUGCGCCUGAGGAAAUCUCAUCCAUGGUUUUAAUGAAAAUGAAAACUACAGCUGAACAGUAUCUAGAAAGUGAGGUGAAAAAUGCAGUUAUUACGGUGCCUGCCUACUUCAGUGACUCCCAAAGGAAGAUGACUAAAGACGCUGGCCGGAUUGCAGGUCUAAAUGUAAUGCGGAUCAUCAAUGAGCCGACUGCUGCAGCCAUGACUUACGGCUUUGGUAGAGCUGAGGAAGAGAAGAAACAUAUUCUGGUGUUUGACCUUGGUGGAGGUACUUUUGAUGUUUCUAUUGUUGUAGUUCAAAAAGGCAAAUUUGAGGUGAAAGCAGUUGGGGGAGAGGCACAUUUGGGAGGUGAAGAUUUUGACAAUAGGAUGCUCGACUACUGUGCCCAACACUUCAGCAAGUUGUACAAAACAAAUUUAUGUGUGAAUGCCAAAGCUCUUCGGCGACUGCGUUCAGAGUGUGAGAGGGCAAAGAGAAAUUUGUCCUCAGUGGUAGAGACUGUAAUUGAUAUUGACGGUCUCUACGAAGGAUAUGAUUUUUUCUUGAAGAUCAGGAGAGCAAAGUUUGAAGAGCUCAACUUUGAUUUAUUUGAGAAGUGCAUGGAAGUUGUGAAGAGAUGCGUGGCAGAUGCCAAGUUAAGUAAGAGCCAAAUUGAAGAUAUUAUAUUAGUAGGGGGUUCCUCAAGAAUACCAAAGGUGCAGGAAAUGGUCAGAGAUUUCUUCGAUGGGAAGGAGCUCUGCAGAGCUGUAAAUCCGGACGAAGCAGUAGCUUAUGGUGCUGCACUUCAGGCAGCUGUGCUCAACAAGGAGGACAAGAAGGGAACACAUGAUGUUUGUAUCCUUAUGUGCGAAGGUUUAGAUGUUAAAGCCAUCGGCAUUGAUCUGGGAACAACUUAUAGCUGCGUGGGAGUAUGGCAGAAUGAGAGAGUGGAAAUCAUUGUUAAUGACCAAGGAAAUAGAACUACUCCUUCUAUGGUUGCUUUCACAGCCGAAGAGAGAUUUGUCGGAGACGCUGCCAAGUUUCAAAUUUCCUCUAAUCCUCUUAACACCGUCUUCAAUGUGAAAAGACUCAUUGGUAGGCAAUUUACUGAUUCUUCUGUGCAGGCCGACUUGAAACUGUGGCCUUUCACAGUUGUUUCACAGAAAAAUGACAAGCCAAUGAUUGAAGUGAAUUACAAGGGUCAGAAGAAACUGUUUGCGCCUGAGGAAAUCUCAUCCAUGGCUUUAAUGAAAAUGAAAACUACAGCUGAACAGUAUCUAGAAAGUGAGGUGAAAAAUGCAGUUAUUACGGUGCCUGCCUACUUCAGUGACUCCCAAAGGAAGAUGACUAAAGACGCUGGCCGGAUUGCAGGUCUAAAUGUAAUGCGGAUCAUCAAUGAGCCGACUGCUGCAGCCAUGACUUACGGCUUUGGUAGAGCUGAGGAAGAGAAGAAACAUAUUCUGGUGUUUGACCUUGGUGGAGGUACUUUUGAUGUUUCUAUUGUUGUAGUUCAAAAAGGCAAAUUUGAGGUGAAAGCAGUUGGGGGAGAGGCACAUUUGGGAGGUGAAGAUUUUGACAAUAGGAUGCUCGACUACUGUGCCCAACACUUCAACAAGUUGUACAAAACAAAUUUAUGUGUGAAUGCCAAAGCUCUUCGGCGACUGCGUUCAGAGUGUGAGAGGGCAAAGAGAAAUUUGUCCUCAGUGGUAGAGACUGUAAUUGAUAUUGACGGGCUCUACGAAGGAUAUGAUUUUUUCUUGAAGAUCAGGAGAGCAAAGUUUGAAGAGCUCAACUUUGAUUUAUUUGAGAAGUGCAUGGAAGUUGUGAAGAGAUGCGUGGCAGAUGCCAAGUUAAGUAAGAGCCAAAUUGAAGAUAUUAUAUUAGUAGGGGGUUCCUCAAGAAUACCAAAGGUGCAGGAAAUGGUCAGAGAUUUCUUCGAUGGGAAGGAGCUCUGCGGAGCUGUAAAUCCGGACGAAGCAGUAGCUUAUGGUGCUGCACUUCAGGCAGCUGUGCUCAACAAGGAGGACGUUCACAUUGUCAUGGAGGAUGUCACGCCUUUGAGUCUUGGAAUUGAAGUUGAUGAUGGUGUGAUGAGGGUAGUUGUUCCGCGAAAUACUCCGCUUCCCACUCGGAAAGAGACAUCCGUCACUACAGCAUAUGACGAUAUGACAGCCGUACGCUUUCGAGUUUUCGAAGGUGAAAGACCUUUGGUUGCAGACAACAAUUUUCUAGGAAAAUUUGUAUUGAGAGGGAUUCCCGCUGCCCCGGCUGGAGUGCCAAUUAUUAAAGUUUGCUUUGAAGUGGAUGCAGAUGGAAUUCUGAACGUUUCUGUCCACGACAGAAUAAGUGGAGCAAGAAAUGCGAUUACCAUUAGUAAUGAAGGUGGGAGACUAAACACUCAAGAGAUUGAUAAAAUGAUAGCGGACGCAGAAAAAUUUCGCAGGGAGGACGAAGAAGCGAGGAAAAAGCAGGUUGCCAAAUACGCCCUUGAAUGUUACGUGUCCAACAUGAAAAAGAGGGCAAUGAAAGAAAAGAGUGAAGGCUCUAUGGACGCUGAUGUUGCAGAAGAUCUUAUAUCAACUAUCAUUGCAGUUGAGGAAUGGUUAAAGGACGACACUGUGACAGUGGUUGAACUGCAAGACAAAUUGAAAGAAUUGGAAUUGAAAUGCCUGUGUUUAUCUUCCCCCAAGCGGUUUAAGUUUAUUAAAUAA